CUCGUGAAAUUCUAUCCUUGUUGGUUGCUGCGAUUCUCUUUUUGCGUCUUUGUUACUUGCCUCCGGUUGAUGUUGAAAUUUACGAUAGAUUGUUUUGUUCUUCCACGAAUUCUUUCGCGCAGUUCGUCGGACUUGAAGGCGCAGAUUGUGUGAGUGACACAGAGUCACGUGUGCUGUGUUCAUCGAUCGCUUAGCCAGACUGGUCGCUAGUUACGAAAAGCGGCGGCAUGCCGACCGAAAAAUACACAGCGUUGGGCUUUCUCUCAAUUCUUCUGCUGAUAUCAGCGUCGACAGGUGCAACCGAGGCCGCUAUUCGACAUCCGAUUAUUUUAGUGCCUGGAGAUGGAGGAAGUCAGAUUGACGCAAAACUGAACAAGACUGAAGUGGUGCACUAUUUGUGCGAGAAAAAGACCAAUGACUUUUUCAAUACGUGGCUCAACUUGGAACUUCUCGUCCCAGUCGUGAUAGACUGUCUGGUGGACAAUUUACGGCUUGUGUACAACAAUGAGACGAGAACCACGAGCAACUCUCCAGGCGUGGAAACUCGGGUGCCAGGUUUUGGAGAUACUAGUUCAGUUGAGUGGCUCGACCCAAGCCAACUUUCGCUUUCCAAGUACUUCAAUAAUAUUGCUAACACCCUGGUCAGCAAACUAAACUACACGCGCGGGGUUGAUUUGCACGGCGCGCCAUAUGACUUCAGAAAAGCCCCAAAUGAGCACGAGGAGUUUUUCGCUAACAUGGAAGCGACCAUUGAGGAGACGGUGAAGAGGAACGGACAAAGCGCGGUUAUCGUGACACACAGUAUGGGCGGCUUGAUGGCGCUGGCUUUCUUGCAGAGACAAAGCCAGAGCUGGAAAGACAAGCACGUCAGUUCUCUAGUUACCCUAGCCGCACCCUGGGGAGGGUCAGUGAAGACAGUCAAGGUCUUUGUCACUGGUGACAAUCUAGGCGUGAUAAUUUUGAGCAGUGGCACUCUCAAGGAUCAGCAAAUCACUUCGCCGUCGCUCGCCUGGCUCCUACCGUCAUCGCUCUUUUGGAAGCCCGACGAGCCACUUGUCCUUACUCAUGAGAAAAAUUACUCGCUCAGCAAUCUUCGCGACUAUUUCAGUGACAUCGACUGGCUGACUGGCUGGGAAAUGCGAAAAGACACAGAGAAAUAUUCAUUAAACUUCACGGCACCUGGUGUGGAAGUGCACUGCGCGCAUGGUGUAGGAGUAGCCACAGUAGAGCAACUUAAGUACGCCAAAGACAAAUUCCCAGACUCGUCGCCAGGACUGAUCAUGGGGGAUGGUGAUGGAACAGUUAAUCUGCGGAGUUUGGAGGGUUGCUCAAAGUGGAAUCAGGCCCAAAAUAACGGCAAGAAAAUCUACCACCAAACCUUUCCAGGCUUAGACCAUAUGGAAUCGCUCAGAAAUGACAAAAUUGCUCAGUUUGUGCUCAAUCUGAUGAGAGUAAAAAUUAAUGUUCCGUAAAUUAAUUCUGCCCUUGUCAUUCUCACAGUUCAAUUCGUUUAUU